AUGUUCUAUAGAGACAUUGGUGUAUCAAAAGAUCUAAAUGAACAGUUCAGGAGGCAUUUGACAAAUUCUGCUGAACCUUUAGAUAUAGAUUUCAGUAUACAAGUUUUAUCUUCUGGUUCAUGGCCAUUCCAACAGUCAUUCACAUUUUCUUUGCCGACCGAGCUAGAAAGAUCUGUACAUAGGUUCACUACUUUCUAUAGUUCGCAGCACAGCGGUAGAAAGUUAAAUUGGCUAUAUAAUAUGUCUAAGGGAGAGCUACAUACAAAUUGUUUUAAGAACAGAUACACAUUGCAAGCAUCGACUUUCCAAAUGGCAGUUUUGUUAGCGUAUAAUGGAUCUACAUCGUGGACAAUACAACAAUUGCAAUAUGCAACGCAAAUAAAGAUGGAUUUUUUACUACAGGUUAUUCAAAUACUUUUGAAAGCCAAGCUUUUAACCGCAGCUAGCGACGAUGUGGCUGAACUGACCCCGUUAUCGACGGUAGAACUUUUUACAGGAUACAAGAACAAGAAAUUAAGGGUAAACAUUAAUAUUCCAAUGAAGACGGAAUUGAAAGUUGAACAGGAGACUACGCACAAACACAUAGAAGAGGAUAGGAAACUUUUAAUUCAAGCAGCAAUUGUUAGAAUUAUGAAAAUGCGGAAAGUAUUGAAGCAUCAACAGUUGGUAGCAGAAGUAUUGAAUCAAUUAAGCUCUAGAUUCAAGCCGAGAGUACAUGUCAUUAAGAAAUGUAUAGAUAUUUUAAUUGAAAAAGAAUAUUUGGAGCGCACAGAAGGUCAAAAGGACACUUAUAGCUAUCUGGCAUGAUCAGGGCAACGAUACAACAAUAAAAAUAAAAUAAAAACAACGUACACAUUCACUCACUCACUUUCAUUGAUAUAUACGUAUCAGACUAUUUAUUUAAGGUCUCGAGUGUAAUUCCCUAUUUUUAUUCUGUACAUGUAUACCUUUGUAACAUACUAUCAUUCUGGUCGCAUUUAGAGUCUGGCUUUUUAUAUAUCUUUUAAAAGAUAUAUGAAUAUAGCAUAAAAAAAUGUUAAUAAAAUUAUUUUGUAAUUAUUAGCCUAUGCUAGAUGCGUUACUGUCUGUGCUGGUUUUCAAAACGAGGCAUAUUGCUUCGCUGUGGUGUCACAAACAUCAUUUAAGAUUUUAGACAUAGAGAACGUACAUGAAAUUAUAUUUUAAAAAAUGUUUUUAUUGCAUUAUUAAUACCAAUAUUUUUUGGUCUUGUAACUGAAAAUAUUAAGAACAAUUUAUUUUUUACAAACUAGUAAGAAUGUUGUAAAUGUAGAGAAAA